UAAAAAUAUCUAUGGAAGUGAUGGCAAACCUCCGUAAUGAAGUAAAUACUGAGCUUGAAAAAGACAAUGGAACGCCUUACCUUAAUAUAGCAUAUGAGGAGGUCUUAUUUCCUGUGGUAUUUACAGGAAAGAAAAAAUACUAUGGUCUAGAGAAUAAAAAUAAACCAAACUUUAAUCCAGGUAAGGAGAUUAUAAAUAGAACUUUGAAAAUCGGUAAUGAAGAGACAGUACACCAGAUUGUUGAAAAAGUUCUUUGGAAGAAUGUAGAAAACCUUUCCAAGUUAGAUUAUGAUGAAUUUAUUCAGACAU